AUGAAUAUUAAAUUUUCAUGUCAAAAAAUUAAUACAGAUAAUUUAAAAUUUACAAUUAUUAAUAAUAGAUUCUAUAAAGGACCAUUAAUAGAUUUUUAUAAAUCCAACUUAAAUCUUUUGGGGUAUAUAAAAAUUGAUGGUUUAACAAAUAAACUUAAAUCGUUAUGUUCUUUAGAUUCAAGCUGCACUGACUCAGAUUUGUGCGAUAACUGUUUUUCCAUUAGAUUAACAGACACAGAGUUGGCGUUGUUAAUAAAUUCUAAUCCAAAACAAUUGGUUGGAACUUAUAAAAGGACUUUUAUUAUAAAUGAUAAAGAAUUUAGCUUUGAUAUAAGCUCAAUUUUCCAAAGUAAAAAAGGUAUCGAUUUCAAAGGGUUUAAUUUUAUACCAGACCUCUUAACAUUUAAUAUAAAUGGUGGUGCUUUACCACUGUAUACUUUUACAUUAGAUAGUAACCCUUCCGAAAACUUAUACAUAAGCCAUACCAACGAUUACAAUUUUGAAACUCCAAAUGCAGCUUAUUAUACUUCCACCGGCAAAACAAUAUAUGUUGGUAAAAUCAAACCAACUUCCAUAGUCCCAAAUACUAUGACAUUCAAUUUUUAUUCUCAAAACAAUACUUUUUUAGAUAACCUAAAUUCAAGAACACUUACUUUUAAUGCAUAUGGAAUCACUCAUUUAUCAAAUUGUAUGCUUGAUUUGAUGAUUAGUUCUUAUCCUAUUCCAUAUCAAUAUGUUCCAAUUAAAGUCAAAAAUGAAAUUCAAAGUGGAUAUGAAUUUUAUGAUCUAUUUACAAAAUUCAAGGAUUAUUCAAUUGCAACCCAGUUCCCAUAUGGUAUGGAGUCAUGCAUAAAGUCUGUAUGCACAUAUGCUUCGACCCACUUGGUAUGGGGAUCAUCUAGAAUAGGAAAAAUUUUAGUCCAAAUUGUAGUCGGAAUAUUUGCACCCCAAAUUAAUAUUUUGGAAAGUACACAUCUUUAUGAUUCAACUUUUCUUUAUAAAACAACAUUGACCAACUCAUCUGUAUCGAUCAAUCUAUUUGGUGAAAUUUUUAGAUCAGAUAAACUUGUUUCAGUAGAGUCAGGAGUUUUUGAAUUUGUUAAAGAUUUAUCCAAGUCAACAACAAACAAAUUAAUUAUUUCUUCCAACUUUGAUUUCGAUAAUAUUGCAGAAUAUAAUACAUUUUUUUCGGUCUACUCUCCCACAUUAUUGACAUCGCCUAUGAAAACAAUUAAAAAUAUCUUUUCGAUCAAUUUAAUAACAUUUUCAGAUAAAACAGUAAAUAUAACAAACAAAUCUGUUUCAAAUAAAAUGUUUAUAGGUUUUUCAGAAACAGUUGACAAAGAUACAGUAUUCUCAUUGAUAAUCAAUGACGAUCCAAAAAAAGAUUAUAAAAACCCAAAGAACCAUUUCUUUGCAAGAUGGAAUAACGAUUUAGGUCUGUUUGAAAUUAAUUUUAUAAUUAAAGCCAAUAGUAUUCAAACUGGGUAUUUACCAUAUAUAAUUUACUAUGACUAUUUAAACUCUUACUCUGUUUCAAACUCGCUGUUCCAAAGCGACUUCCAACUUAAUGUUACCUCAAAAUUAUUUGAUAACAGAGGCCCUAUUUUUUCAAGUGUUUCAAAUGAAACUGGUUCAUGGACUUUAGAAAUCGAAGAUUUGGUUAAUGGCUUUGAUGAAGGUUAUGUUUUAAUAGUAGGUGAAGUGGACUAUUCAGUAUAUAACUAUACAUUAAACUCUUCAAAUCGAAAGAAAGGAGACCAAUUCAUUGGAACAUAUUUAAUAAAAAUACCAUCAUUCAUCAAUUGCUCAACCCAAAAAUUUUAUAUUAAAAAAGUAUUUUUAAAAGAUAAUCAAGGCUAUACAUCAUACUAUAAUAAGAAUGGAGAUAUAGACCCACUAAGCAAUCCUUUAGCGAAAUAUAUGGCUCAAGAAGUAGUAGCAACUAGUAUUUGUUCUAAAAACUUUGACACAGAUGAUACAACGCCACCUUUACUGGGAUAUUUCGAUGCUAGACUGAAAGAAAAUACCAUUACAUUUCAAUUUCAAUAUACAGAUGGAGAAAGCGGAAUUAAUCAAUACCAACUCCCAGUGGUUUAUUUAAAAAAUCUAAACCAAAGGAUAGAAUCAUGCAUUUCCCGUAACCUUACCUCUAAUUUUGGUGUAGUUCCUUAUUCAUGCACAUUGGAAAUUCCAAGAGACUUUGGCCCAUUUACAGUAAGUGUUUAUGGUGCACUAAAUAACGCAGGUUUAAGCGUUGGUUGCUCUGAAGAUUGUUUAGAAAAACUCACAGGCGCUUUCCCAUACUAUGAACCCGGUAUUUCUUUAUUACCAGCAAUAACAUCAACAAAUUUAUUCUCCAAUAUGGACACCACCUUAUGGAUCAAUGGAUUCCAAUUGACAAACAUCAUCUCUGCCUCAGUAAAAUAUGAAAGCCAAGACAAUAAAACAUAUACAGCAGAUAUACUAUCAAGUUAUAACUGCACUGCCUCUAUUGGAAUUAAGAGCACAGAUAAGCCAAUCUAUAUUACAAUAAUAAAUAGCUACGGUGUAUCAAAUGAAUACAAAGCAGUUCCAACACAUUUAUUUAAUUUUGGUGAGCCUUUACCAACCAAUGCACCUCAAAAAUGUACAAACGAUUGCAGUGGUAGUACCAAGGGCUAUUGUAGCGACAAAGGAUGUGUAUGCUACUCGCCAUGGAUUGGUGAAGAUUGUUCAAGUCAAAUUAUAGUGGUUCCACCCCCAAAAGUUAAUACCACAAACCCAUCAACUGAAAUCAUUGUUAACAAUAACCAAUUCUUUAAAUCACUCGUAUCAAUAGUAUCAAUAAGAGAAUUAAAUGUUAGUAACAGCAUAGUGGAGCAGUACUAUUUCGAAAAAUGGACCCAUACCAAUGUAAGCGAAAGUGUUAAUAAAUAUACAAAUAAUAUUACAACAUCAUCAAAUGUAACCUUUUCUGUCACUAUCACACUUGAAUGGUUCACCAACAAGACCAAUGUUACCUUUGCAAACCAAGAAAUAUUUAUGAAUCCAUCCACUAUGAAGUAUACAAUUCACAUUGGUCAAUACCCAUUCAAGAGCCAACUAAACAGUUUACAAAUAGUGAUGUCAGCAUCCAUAGAAACCGACUCCCAAAGCAAUAUGUGCUCCUCACAACAGUUUGGUGAAACAUCAUCAGGCGAUAAUUCGGACUAUAUCAAAAUUCAGAUCGAUAAUCAUUCAUUAUAUGGUCGUCUUAUUAAAAGAGGUAUAUUAGAUUACAAAAUAAGAUCACUAUCUAAUGAAUUCCAACUUCACGAUGAUAGAUAUAAUGGUCUACCCACAAGCAACACACAGUAUCAAUCCCAAUCAUUAAUAGGUAUUAAUUUAGCUUAUUUUACAGAAUUUGCAUUAAUAGAUCCUGAUUUUUCAGUUAUCAUCGAUCAUUCAUCUGCAAAUUCCAACUCACCAAACUCAAUUUGUAAAAAGUCUGGUUUAACCAAAAGUCAAAUUGCCGGUAUUGCUGUAGGUGGUGCUGUUUUCUUGAUUGUAGUAUUAAUUAUAGUUGGAAGUAUAAUUUACCGUUCACAAUAUUGCUUACCUGUAAAAAUUAUUAUAUAUAAGAUAUUUAAAAAAUCUAAAGUUUAA